AAUCUUGGCACCCGCCAGCACGUGAUCAGUUUUUACGGACGCGUCUCUGGGUCCGCCGCGUUACUUCCCGACUGAGCACUGACGUCGCGAACGCGCCUUCUCAUUCGAAGUCGCCGUAAUAUAUUAUCCUGCCACCUAUUUCCACGACACAACACGACAGCCUCAAUUGCUUUUCAAGUUCCUUUUUCUCUUCUACUAUUACUCCGCAAGGCGUUGGAAAUGUGCUAGCUCCACGAGAAAUUUACCUUACCAUUACAUGGCCAUGACUGCGGUUCGUACCGUAAUGCAUCUGGAGGAAAAGAAAUCUAUACAUCCCUUUUUUACGAAACCUCAGGGUGAACCAUUAUCAGAGCAGCCCAAAGAUGCCAACGAGUCCCCAUCCAGCACAGCUAUCGAGACAUCGAAUUAUGAACAACCCGCAGCGGAUGCGAACAAUCUGAAGCCUCGAAAGAAACGGUCACGAAACUCAGGCGGAACAAGUCUUCAUAAAACCAACGACAGUAAUGGUGGAAACCAAACUUCACUUGAGCAGUUCACUAGUGGGACCCAGAACGGGAAGCUAGCCAUUCACCCAGGUCAGCAAUUGCAAGAGGACAGACUACCUCCCAUACAAGCAGAAACAAACGAAGAGCGUCGAAAGCGUCGAAAAACCGCCUCGCCAGGCCCAUCUGAUACACAACACGACGGUACACAUGAGAGGGCAAGCUCCUGUCAACCCGAGCAGAUACAACAUGAAAAUGCGGCUAAUAUCGAGUCGAAGAUCGAUGCCAACUCAGAUGCUGUGGCUGUACAAGGAAUAUUGUCGGAUCUCUCUGGCGAGAAGGCUGAACAUAAUGCUGACGCCACGGCGGUAACUCCAACAAAGAGCCAAAAGAGAGUGCUUAAAGUCACCAAGAAGGGGAAACUCCUCUCGUCUCCUCCAACGAAGUCCACGCCGGAACAAGGUAAUAGCCCGAAGAGAAGACGGACACGCAAGACCUCCAAACCCAAGCCUCCCUCUACGAUUACAAUAAUUACCUACGGAGGGUCAGAUGUUACCAAUCGUCAGCUGCUCGGAGAGAAGAUCGAUUUGAUUCUCAAUGGCAAAAAGACUGUUAAAUCGUCCCCAUCGUCAACAAGUAAGGCGACUAUCAAGCCGAAAGGGCCACCAAAGGCAACCCAUCCCUUCUUUCUAGGGAAAAGUGCACCGGUAAAGGACCCCGACCCAUCUUCAGAUCUCAAGACUAUCAUUCCCUCACCUCCACCUAAAGGGCCUCGAAAGACCGCAGUGACCCCAGGAAAACUCCGUGCAGAGGGGUAUAGUUUGCAGUCCGCUCGCCACGUCCCCUCGUUUGGGCCUAUUGCUGGAGAUAGCCAUGUGCCGAAAUUUGCUGGAAUGAAAGAAGCUCUCUGGCCGUCCAAAGACACCGCACAUGUUCGUAGCAUCGACGAUUUGGAGCAUUCGCAAAUACCAAGACCGGAAUGUCUAGAAACCUUACGUAAGGGCAGAAAACUCAAAAGCCACAUCUCUAAUAUAGCACCUGCGGAGGACUUGAUCUCAAGACUUGGAUGUGAACUCAGGAGCAUUCUUGUGGACGCAAAGGGAAGCGACAUAUUGAACCAAACAAAACAACAUGGACACGUUCGAUUACCCACUCGAUUAUUGACUACAGGUGUGAACAUCCAGGAACGAUUGUGCGAGGAACUUAAAACUGCACCAACAAACCGGUUUCUGAACCACCAUUUCAACAGCAUCGAGCAUACCCUUACACCUUUCGACAAAGGCGAGUGUGAGCAGCAGUCUUGGGUUCAAAAAUAUGCUCCAUGUUCUGCGACCCAAGUUCUCCAGGCCGGUAAAGAGGCCAUCGUUUUGCGGGACUGGCUACGCAGCCUGACAGUCAUGUCCGUGGAAAGUGGGAAAGAUGCCAAAGAAGCUAACACCGCGACGGUGGAGCUACGGAGACAUCCAAAAAAGAAAAGGAAAAAAGCAGAGAACGAUUUCAUUGUCGACGACUUCGAAGAUUUUGCAGCCGAAGACAUGAUAGAGAUAUCCGAUGGCGAAGACUACGGUGGACACAGCAGGCCUAUAUCCCAAGGAAAAAGUGUGAAGCAACCCCAAUUUACCAGAGACAAAAAUGUCGUAAUCAUUAGUGGCCCUCAUGGCUGUGGUAAAAGCGCCACUGUCCACGCCGUUGCUAAAGAGCUAGGGUUUGAAGUCUUUGAGAUCAACUCUGGAAGCCGUCGUUCUGGGAAAGAUAUCCAAGAUAGGGUCGGAGACAUGACUGCCAACCACUUGGUUAACCACAAGCGACAAGACGGUGCACCUAAACAGCAAACAGCAACCGCCGAUGACACAGAUGCCGAGCGAAACGCCUUAGCCUUGCAAAACGACAUAGACAGCGGACGGCAAGGCACUAUGACCUCAUUCUUCAAGGGAAACCCACAAAUAGGAGUGAAACUAAAAUCAACCGUAGACAAACACAAAAAAAGGGAUUCCCAAGCUCAAACUACCCUCCUACCGCCGAAAUCUCAAAAGCAGUCAUUGAUCUUGUUCGAGGAGGCGGACGUGCUUUUCGAAGAAGAUCAACAGUUCUGGGCGCAGGUAAUCAAACUUGCGUCUCAGUCGAAGAGGCCUAUCAUCAUUACGUGUAAUGAAGAAGCCCAAAUUCCAAUAUAUGACCUUCCGUUGGGGGCAAUAUUACGUCUAUCCCAGCCUCCUUCCGAUUUAGCCACAGACUACAUGCUCACAUUAGCAGCGAAAGAAGGCCACAUUGUCAAGCGCCAGGCAAUCUCAGAUUUAUACCGAUGCAAACGUCAAGAUCUUCGGGCUAGCAUCACUGAGCUUGAUUUCUGGUGCCAAAUGUCUGUAGGCGACAGGAAAGGUGGUCUAGAGUGGAUAUAUCAGCGCUGGCCUCCGGGAAAAGACAUCGAUGAGGAUGGCCGACCUCUUCGAGUCGCUAGUAAAGACACAUACCAAGCUGGCAUGGGUUGGCUGUCGUAUGAUCUAAUGCUCUCGUCCGAUGACAUUGGUUUCAGUGUCGAGGAAGAGCUAUUGAAGGAGGCUUGGGAAGACUGGGGGCUCUCACCCGAAUGGAGAACCGCAUCUGGACCCACUGCUCCCAUGACCACAGAAAUAUCGCAUUUGGAUGAGUUGGCACAACUUGAUGCAAUGCUCGAAUCCUGCAGCGCCGCUGAUGUUUACUGUCGAGUGGGUCUUCCCUCUUACGAACAGGUAAUCGACGAACCUAUCAAUACAUCAGAGUCCCGCCUAUGGGAAAAGGAACGCGCUAGCUAUACUAUAGAUGCGUCCCUAUUGCAAUGCGAUCAAGCGAAUGAUUAUGCCGCCUUCGACACAAGGAUAUUCAUCCAGAGCCGAUUAGCUAUCCAGAGCCUACGUGGAAGCAAGUCACAAGCUGUUACCGACUCCGAAUUCAAUUUCAACGCGGCAAUAGCCCACCACGUUCAAACCUCCGAGAAUACUACAUCCCUUGACCGGUCAAAUUUUUCCCAAGCGUUUGACAUUCUUGCCGAAUCAUCUCCUACGACUACCUCAUCCUACCAACUUAUUGCUUCAUCUUUUGACCGCACAUUCCGCAUCAUGGCAGAAGACCUGGCACCGUUUGUUCGCUGCAUCGUGGCUCAUGAGUUACGUAGCGAGGGAGAGCGUGUUCGUCGCAGCAACUUGCUCAGUGAAGGUGGCAGAAGUAAGCGUCAGCGCACAACUAAAGCAAGUCGAACGGCGCUCGAAGGGGGCACGAGAGAGACUAAGAGGAGGGAGAGGUGGUUCGAUCAAGAUCUGAACCGUUCCCUAGUCAUGGGUACAGCUGGACAAUCCUGGAGUGGACUAGGAGCAAUAGGAGAAGUGAGUGAACUAGAGUAUUCGACCAGCACUCCCGCCAGUGUAACAAGUACGCCAGAGUGAAUGUGCAUGGAAGGAUUUGGCGUUUAUAUUCAACACAUGAUACCACAUAGCAUUGCAUGAAGACAUGAGAUUAUGCAUUUCAAGGGCAUAUUAGGGGUCAUUUUACAUACCGGGUAUCUAUGAAAAAAUACUGCAUAGGCGUUCUAUAGACCGUA